UCACGGGAUCACUCUCGAGGCUGGCGCCGUCCCUCCGCGUGGAUGUAUCUACCGCAUGAGCGAAGAGGAACUCGAGGUGCUUCGCGCACAACUCGAUGAUCUUCUCGACAAGGGCUGGAUUCGCCCUAGUUGCUCGCCAUACGGUGCACCUGUUCUCUUCGUCCGGAAGAAGAACAAAGAUCUACGGUUAUGCAUCGACAAUCGAAAACUUAACGCACAAACCGUAAAGAAGGCCGGCCCUCUCCCUCGGAUUGAUGAUGUCCUUGAGCAGUUAGGCGGCACGACGUACUUCUCGAAGUUGGACUUGAAGUCAGGUUACCACCAGAUUGAAAUCCAGCCUCAAGACCGGUACAAGACCGCGUUCAAGACGCGGUACGGGCAUUUUGAGUGGAUUGUCAUGCCCUUUGGCCUCACCAAUGCCCCCGCAACUUUUCAAGCAGCAAUGACGACUGAGUUUCGCGACUUGCUCGAUCGCAGCGUCCUCAUCUAUCUUGAUGACAUUUUGGUUUAUAGUAGGACGUUGGACGAGCACAUCGUACACCUUUGCGUUGUUCUGAAUCGUUUGCGACUAGCCAAGUACAAAGCGAAUCUCGACAAGUGCGAAUUCGCCAAGCAAGAGCUUGAGUACUUAGGUCAUUUUGUCAUGCCGAAAGACAUUCGUCCCUUAGCGGACAAGAUACAAGCCAUCGUGGAUUGGCCGGAACCCCGUUGCACGAUGGAUGUACGCUCUUUCAUGGGUUUGGUUGGAUAUUAUCAGCGAUUCGUCGAGUCAUACUCGAAAGUGGCCGCUCCUUUGUCGAGACUUCAGUCCCCGAAGGUGCCCUUCGAGUUCGACGACGCAGCCCGUGACGCGUUCACUAUGUUGAAGGCAGCGAUGCAAGCCGCACCUACCCUCCGUAUAUACGACCCCACCCUACCUACCCAAGUGACUACGGAGGCUUCGAGAUACGGUAUUGGUGCGGUGUUGGAACAGUGUCACGAGGACGGUUGGCAUCCGGUUGAGUAUUUCUCUCAAAAGGUGCCUCUCGUCAACACUCUCGACGACACUAGGAAGAAAGAGCUACUCGCGUUCGUCACUGUUCUCAAACGGUGGCGCCACUUUCUUCUCGGCCGUCGGCGUUUUAAAUGGAAUACGGACAACAAUCUGUUGACCUUUUAUAAAACGCUAGACACGGUCACUAGCACGAUCGGUCAAUGGAUGUAUUACAUCGACCAGUUCGAUUUUGACCAGUGCCACAUUCCCGGUCCCCCCAAUCGAGCAGCGGACGGCCUCUCACGACGACCCGACUUUUGUCCCAUUGUGACGACGGCAUUUGACCUCGAUGACGAUCUGCAGCCGCAUUUCGUCAAAGGCUACAAGUCCGAUCCGACUUACUCUAAGCUUUACGCGGAGCUUUCAUCGGAUCACCCGCCGGCUAGCCACUAUCGGAUUUCCGACGGGGGGCCAUGGUUCCAAUUUUCUCGAUCUCAACGCUUGAGGGCAUACUCACACUGCGACUCCAAAGGCGCAAAAUAUGCGGAUUAUGCUGAUUUGAGAAGGGCCGAUUUGAGGUUCUGGGCAUGGUUCACGUCACACUGCUGUACCUUUUCAGAUGGGACAAGGUCGCGGCCGUCUGGAGAAGAGGGGAUUUGGUACUUGGCUGGUCACGCGGCGCCAUCCACAAAUUGUGCAAGACUUUUGUGAAUGGUCGCUCUGAGUAGGCGAGUUCCGGCGAUC